UUGCAUUUAGCCACUGUCUGUCACUGUGUAUGAUCACAUUUGAUGUAUGAUAUUUCUUGAAGUUUCUCUUCUGACACUGAACGAACGCACCUUCUACCAAGUAUUUGACAGAAGAAUGACAGCCUGUAAAGUAUUGCUAACAUCUGUUUUUAAAAACUGGGCCAAAGUAGGUUUAUGUAUAAAGAACGAUCAAACUUACUGGACUGUAUCAUCUUCAAAGAGGAAACAGUACAAUCCAAGCAGAUGACAUACGAUUUAAAAAUAGAUUCUGGGAUCCCGCUUUCCAAAAUAAAGUAGUCGGUGAACGUGUAAGUGGACAUGCUCAUCAUUUCGGAACACACGAUGACAUUAUGAUGUGUCAAGAACAAUUACCGUUUGAAGAAUAGAAUGGCAGAAAGAAAUCGCUCAGAGGGGACAUUUUUAAAAAGUAUUAGGGGAGUCUUCAAGAGCAGUACAAAAUCAGAUGUUUGGAACUAUGACAAAACUAUCUUGACAAAUAACGAAAAUACCUUUGACAUCUCGAACCAUGACUCUGCUAGUUUGUUGAAUUCAGAAUGUCUUCGGACAAAAGAGGGAUCGGGUAGAACUCCAUUCACUGUAGAAAAUGGAAAAACAUACAACCAACAAGAUAAAAGGUAUGAUGCUGUUGAUAACUCAAGAAAUGGAGCUUCAAAAUAUUACCACAAUUACUCUGGAAAGCCUGCUUCAGAAUCAAAAGAAAUUGGUUUAUCAGCGACACUACCAGAAAACGAUGACCAUAAGAAUAAAUCAUGGCCGAAAAAAAUAAGACAAGGGAUAAAAAUGAACUUGAAGAGAACCAAAAGUCUGAGUACAAUAACAGAAGAUAGGAUGGAAAACAACGUUAAUGAAGACGAACAUCCAUUCGCAAACGAUGAAACUAGUGAUUAUGAAACGCUGCCUAAAUCGAUGUACGACUAUGAUGACGAAGGCCAAGAUAUGAGUGACGAACAAUGUCAUGGUGAAUUACUACAACAUUUCUCGAUGAGUGUGCCAGAUCUUCGCUCGAAAGGAAGAAAUGAAGAAGAGUUAGCAGAUUUAAGACCUCUCCAUUAUUACCUUGUUAACAAUUCAAAUAAUGUUCAGAUAACAGGAGAAAAUGGUGAAUCAAUACUAAACAAGGUAGCAACAAUCUCCAACAAUGUUACAAUGCGCCACUUGAAUAUUUUAAAUGGUGUAAGAGGAACAAAAGAACAAGUAGAAACGGAGCUUUUUAGGGGCGGCCAAAAAGUUUUAAACCGAGAGGGUUACCAUCCAUUAGUUAUUUUCAAGGGAACAGGGUAUGGGUGCUCAUUCAGUGCCAAAAUGCUUUUUGAAAGAGUUGUUUCUGCAACAGAAAACGAAGCAAAGCCAUUUUACCUGAAGGAUCCGACUGAAAUGAGUCAUAUAUCUCAAGAUGAAAAUGCAAUCAUAUUGGUGACCGAUAUAAACGGCCCGACUGGAGAUGAUGUUGGGCGAUUAAACGAUUGGUUUGAAUGGCUUAAAGAAUACAUGCCAAUUGGAACAAGUCUAAGAGGAAAGCUCACUGUCAUAAUGAACCUAAAAGAUAGUGAAUCAACAGGAAAGAGAAAACAUCCAAUCUAUGAAAGAUAUUGCAAUUAUAUUGUUGAUGCAGCGAAAAAGGAAUUCCGCCCUACAGGAGCAACAAAAACCAAGCUGUUGAUGGCAUUUAUGAAACAGAAGAAUAUCGUUACCCGUAGAGUAAAAGGUGGUCCUGAAAAUAAGUCCGGCAAGGUUAAUGAGGCAUCUUAUAUCGACAAAGAAAUAGUUGAUGGUAUCAUCCCUUUGUUAGGAAGUGUAAGAUGUGUAGGUAAAUUAGCAGAGUUGUUUCGAUCAGACUUUGCAAAAGGCCUAAAUAUUCUGACAGAACCGAUACCAGAGAUAGUGCAACGAAUUCGGGAGUCAUACAAAGAAGGGGGUUCCUUGUUCUUAACACUUCUUGCAGUACUUUCGCACGGGGGACAACUCGGAAUUGGAGAAGUAAACCAAAUGAGGAAGUUAAAUGAGCAGUGUGAGAAAUUUUGGUAUUCGGCGGAUAAUAUAGAUACGCAGUCUAAAAGCAAACCAAAGAAUAUGAAAAAAUGGUUUAACAGUAAAUGUUUGCAACAUUUGUACCAGUAUGCACAAGACAACAACCAUCUUCUUGACCUUGGUAACAAUUUACAAAGGUAUGCACGUCAUCUUGAUGGCGAGUUUCUGUCAGAAUACAAUCAAGUCUUUAGAUUUUGUGAUGGACGAGUACAUUACUCAUUCCUUUUGGUAUAUUGUGAAAUGUUCCCUGACGCAAUAGAACAUUGCGACGAAUAUUUCUUCUACAAUUUUGUACACUCCAUCCGAAAUGUUCAAGAUUUCGAAAGCGACACAGUACUAAAAGUAGAUGAUAGAAAACUAGACAUAAGAACAAAAGCGGUGAUGAAACGGUUCGAGAAAGAAAUUAUGUUAAGACACGUCGCAAAAUGCAUGAAACACCCACUAAUGAGCACAAGCUUCUUUCAAUUGUUUAUGAAGUUUCUGAGCGAAACAAAACAUCUACUUUGGAAAGUUCUUACCCGACAAGAUUGUGAUCUUACUGAACCAUACUCAUGUCUUUAUCAUGGAAUGGGCAAGGAACUGGACACUUUCAAAGGUGUACCAAGAAACAUCACGGAAGUCAUUGUUCUUCAUGAUAUUUGGAAGAAAAAACGUAACAAAAAGACAUGGAAAAAGUGGACACAUACACAAGAGACUGAGACUCUUAUUCAUGCAGCAGAAAUGUCUAAUUGCCAGACAUUCAAGCUCAUGGUUGAAAAAGGUGCUCAAAUUCAGAAGGCAGCGUUACUGAAAGCAAUUGACGUCGGUGCUGAUAAGGUCAUCGAAUUCAUACAAUUGAACAGUAGUUUUAGCACAACAGAAGCUUUUGAAAUUGCUCAGUAUGCUGCCACAAUACUAAGCAAAGAACCAGAAUCUGAUGCAUUGGUUCAGGUUUUACGCAGGUUAAUCUCGGCUGUCGAUGUAAAUAAAAGUGCUUGUGAAGAUGUACCACCAUUGAUUCAUCAUGCAGUGCAAACAAAUAAUACAUCUUUGCUUCAAAAACUGUUUGAUGGAAGCUUGGGAAAUUUUCGUGUAAACAUAAAUAAAACAUUCAAAGGCGAAACACCACUUGCAAUGUCAACGCAACUUGGGUUGCAAACAGUUACACGCAUUCUUCUUGAUAACGGUGCCAAACCAAACACCAAUAAUGCUUUCAUGGCUGUAACUAGUGGACAAAAUGAGAUCCUAGACUUAUUCGUUAAUAAGUCACCCCAGAUCUUACAUGCCACCAACAAGCAGAAACAAACGUUACUACACAUUGCUGCUGAAAUGGGUCAUUCUACGGUUAUACGACAACUUAUUAAUCGUAACGUACAAGUUGAGGCAAAAGAUAUUAACAACGAAACUGCACUAAGUCUGGCUUGCAACGGUAGACAUAUGCAUGCUUUAAGGAUAAUUUUGCAUGCCUGGAACCAAAGAGGACUCCAAAAAGAUGAAAAGGUUGUGAUGCGUGCAGUGCAAAAUAAUGACAUUGAUCUACUUGAGUUAUUGAUGGAAUACAAUUUCGGCGUCGAUUUUGUUAAUCGGGAAUUCGGUGUACCGCUGCAUGUGGCCAUACAAUAUGGCUUACGCGAGAUGCUUCAGUUUCUCCUUUCUAAAGGAGCCAAUCCAAAUAUAAAACAAGAUGGACACUGUCCUGUCCAUGUAGCAGCAGCCAAAGAUGACAUUAAAUCUCUGUUUAUAUUGAAAGAAUACGGAGCCGAUAUGUUUGCGCUCACUGAUUCAAAGGACAGUAUCAUUCAUCUUGCAGCGGAUAAAAACCAUGUGCAUUUCACAGAGUUCGUCUUACCAUUGCCUGAAUGCUCAUCUUUAAUAAAUCUAAAGAAUAACAAUUUUGAAACUGCAUUACAUAUUGCUUGCAAACAUGGAAGUGUCGAGCUUACCAAAUUGUUACUCAAAUUUGGUUUCAACCCAAAAUUGCCGAACAGAAGUGGUUAUAUUCCAGAAUGUUUGGCGGAGCAACGAUUCCAAAAGUUGCAUCUGAGUACAACGGUUCAGAAGUGGGCACCAUAUGCUGAUUGUGUGAAGACACUCCAAUCUUGGCACAUCUAAAAGGCGAAACAUUGUUCAUGUUCUCAUUACAUAUAUAAAUACAAACUAAAGGACUUUUAACACAUAUCGCAAACCAGAUCACUGCAGCCAUUAUCAGUUUGUUGUUGUUGUUGUUGUUGUUGUUGUUCCUGCUUAUCAGACAAAUAUCUUGCAACAAAUAUAUCACAGACUAGUGAAAUGUAUACCUGCUUUUAAACAAAGCGAAAGAUAUGAACAUGAUAUUUACAGAAUAAUGCACAAAUAUGGUUUGGAAAAAAUACUCAUUUCCGAUAUAUAAUCGGCAAUAUUCCCAUCCAAAAUUUUUACAAAUUUACACUGCAAAUGUUAUUGCUUAUGAAGCAAGUACAAAGCAUGUUGACAUGUUAGUUUCACUCAGCACAGUACAAUCAUGCAUUGUAACAAGAUCAGUUUAAAGGUUGGAUAUGUAUUUUAUUUCUUAAUAGAUACAAUCGGGAUUUUUCUAUCUCCACCUUUUGAUAUGAAAGGCAAUAAUUGUAAAUAACUUUGUGAUUUCCUUAUCAUUUAUCUUGUGUGCUUCUUUUUGACAAAAAAAAAACAGUUUGUUGGAACUCAAUUAUAGAUGUUUGUCGAAUAGAAAGAAAUCAAAGCAUACUUGCAUUGCGACAUAUUGACAAGUUUUGGCGUAUUUUUCGGCUUGUCAUAGACAAUCAUUAUCAGAUGAUGCUAAAUGAUUCAGAGUGAUAAACUGAUAGACUGAAAUAUAACUCAAACUAUAGAUCAUAUAUUAUAUUAUCUCAUUGGAAAUUAAAACACAUACAUACCGGUAUGACAAUAAGUUUAACUCUCAAGUCCUAAUUACUCAAUAUGGUGUUAAGACCUGUGUACAUAAAGUAUAUAUUCAUAGAUGUUUCUUAAUCUGUUUUGUUUUAUAAGAUGUGCAUCUCUCUACAAGUAUGUAUUUGUUUACAUGUACAUAUAUGAAUUUUGAUUUUUCGAUUUCAAGUAAAGGUUUCUGUAUUUACGUGAUUGUGAUAUAGCUUUAUAGAUAUGAUUUCGUAUCUUUGUUAAGGUAAAUGAAUAGAUUUGAUAAAUAAACAACUUGAAAUGUAUUUAAUAACUGACUUGUAACACACUUGAUAUUUUGACUUCGCGUUUCAGGUGAUAAAUAGUGUUAUAUAAUUUCAUAAUGCCUGGUACUUGUGAUCACAUGUUUUGAAUACAUUUAUCAAUGUGUGCAAAUAAGUGAAUAUGAAUCUAUUUGGCGAUAAUCACGUGACUAAAUGCAUUGAAAGCAAUGAAAAUAAACAAUCUUAACGAAAUGAUCACAAAACGACGUUAUAUUACACGUAACUAUGUUAUAUAAAAUAUCACGUUAUGGUUAUGUUAGAUGGAGAACAAGCGACGUCAUGUGAUAAUAUAAGAUACUCAAAUACUAGUAUUGGUUGGUAAUCCUUUAUUUGUUUUAAAUGUGUUGUUUUCAAACGAUGCUUUGUAUAAAAUUUCAGUGAUUUUCGUUUUUAUUACCAUUACAUUGUUACAUUAUAUAUUGUAAUUAUAUAACGAUACAUUCAGAUACUUGUUGAACUUAUUGGUAAUGCAGUUUUUAUAAUUUGGCUUUUAGGAAAAAAUUUACAUACAUGUUAAAGCGAACAUAAGCACGUUAUUUUGCCUAGUCAUUCCUGGGUAAUACCCUUUUUAGUUUAUCAAAUCAUUCCAUUAGUGAUUUUGUAAAGGCUAUGUAGAUUUUCAGUACUGAAUAAACCUCAACUAAUUCAACUUGCAUGGUAUUCAGAUCUAUUUAUAACAAGCAGAUUUUUUUUAAUUCAUACCCAUACUUAUAUCCAUUAUUGUUUUUCAUCAUUUUUUAUUUCUAUCUGAUGGUUUUACGGUUUAUCUUGUGCUGCUAUAUGUAACUAGAGGUAAUAAAGUGUUGUUCUGUUCUGUUAUGACAAUUUGCUCAUGUUACAUUUGAUUACGCAACUUAUUCAGAUAAAUCAUUUAUAUACUCUUGGAUUUCGUUUCGAUAAGAGAUUUUUAAUGUACAUUUUCGUGAAUAUAAAAAUUUCUUUAUAUAUAUAGGAACCCACAUAUAUACUUUAAUUAAAUGAGUUCAGGAAUGUGUUAUAGAGCGAACCUCUCAAAACAUUUUCUUGGACGAGUUAAUUAAAGUUUAAUCUUGUAUUACAACAAAGGUGGGACACACUUUAUCACAUGUCUAAUCGUAUUGAAAGUCAAAAAAAUAUUCUUGUUUUUGGAAACAGGCGACGGCAAAUGAAGACAUAACAUACUCAUAUAUUGUUAAACUUUUAUUUUGUUUUAAAUGUGUUGUUUAAUCAUUCAUGUACAUUGUUUUUGUAUUAUGAUAUAGACGGAUAUUUGUUAAAAAAGCAUUAUCACCGUU